ACCACUACACAUGUACACCGUUUCAAGUACGUAUACAAGCAAUUUCUUCAAAUUGUGUCCUGUCAUUCGCAAGCGACUUCCAUCAAGAAAUAAAUACAAAUCAUUCGAAUUUUGCUCGGGCAGAUACGAAAUUUUCAACACAAAAAAAAUGCCGUCAGAAAGUGUGGUUGUAAAUAAGGUGAUUGUGCAUCCGUUGGUUUUGCUCAGUGUCGUCGAUCAUUUCAAUCGAAUGGGGAAAAUCGGCAACCAAAAGCGUGUUGUUGGCGUUUUGCUCGGUUGCUGGCGACAAAAAGGUGUACUUGAUGUCUCCAAUAGCUUUGCCGUUCCAUUCGACGAAGACGACAAAGACAAAUCGGUUUGGUUUUUGGACCACGAUUAUUUGGACAGUAUGUAUGCCAUGUUUAAAAAGGUGAAUGCACGCGAACGAGUCGUUGGAUGGUAUCAUACCGGACCGAAAUUGCAUCAAAACGACAUCGCUGUCAAUGAAUUGAUUCGUCGAUAUUGUCCAAAUUCGGUGCUUGUUAUCAUCGAUGCCAAACCGAAGGAUUUAGGUCUACCGACUGAAGCGUACAUCGCCGUUGAAGAGGUGCACGAGGAUGGCACACCGACAUCGAAAACGUUUGAACAUGUACCCAGCGAAAUUGGUGCUGAGGAAGCCGAAGAGGUUGGUGUCGAGCAUUUGCUGCGUGACAUCAAAGACACUCGUGUCGGCAGCUUGUCGCAAAAAAUUACAAAUCAAUUGCUCGGUUUAAAGGGAUUGAAUGCUCAAUUGCGAGACAUCAAAAAGUAUUUGAUUAAGGUUGGCAAUGGUGAAUUACCGUUAAAUCAUCAAAUCGUCUAUCAGCUGCAAGACAUAUUGAAUUUGUUGCCAGACGUAACCCAAGACACGUUCACCGAAACCAUGUAUGUCAAAACAAACGAUCAAAUGCUGGUAGUUUAUUUAGCGUCAAUGGUUCGUUCGAUUAUCGCAUUGCACAAUUUGAUCAACAAUAAAUUAACCAAUCGAGAUGCCGAAGAGGGUAAGAAAGACGAUGGAAAAGAGAAGAAAGACAAAGAUAAGGAUUCAAAAGAUGGCGCUAAAGGUGAUAAGGAAGCAACCACCAAUGGCACAGCGAAAAAAGAUGAAAAAGCGAAAGACGAGAAGAAAAAGUAGGUCGUGUCUUUUUACAACGUUUCGAAUACGCGACGCGUAUACGACUUUUGUUUAUUUAUUGAGCCCAUUGCCCAAUUCGGUAUACUUAAGCUCGAUCAUCUCUGCAG